AUGGACCCAUCAUUGAGGUCCAUACAAGUAAAGAUUCAUGGAUAUAGUGAUAUGGACAAAGAAGUUAAUGAAAUGAUAAGUAUGGCCUCACUUAGAGUUAGGCAUCGAGUCCAGACACAACAUAUAGUUCAAGUGAACGGUUGCCUAUCAUCCUUUCAAAAGGAACGUUUAAAGUCAACACCUUUCAAGUGGUUGGUGGAUAUGGUUGACAAUAUGGUUAUUUCUAGCCCUAUUCUUAUAGAGUUAAUCAGUUUACCUAGUGUUGGUGAGAGUGUUAAUUUAGAGAGUGAUGUUGGUGGCAUUGUCAAUGACUUGUUUAAGGAUGAGGACAUCACAAUUUUUAGUUUUGGAGCAUUUUAUUUUCCUAGGAAUAGUAAUGUGAUAAAUAGUGUCCCUUUUAGUAAACUAGAUAACAUUAAUGAUCUAAAUAUAUACAAUUGGGGUGAUGAUGUACAUGGUUUGAUAGUAAGUAGUUUGAAUCGGGCAUGCAAUAAAUACAAUCGCAGAUCUUACCACGAAGUUAUACACAUAGCUGGGUGUGCAACAGUUUUGCAGUUGUGGGUUGUUGAACACAUCAGUUUGUAUCAUGUUGGUGGACGGUGUAUUUAUCCCCGAUUUCUUCAUUGGGUUGUUAUUAAAGAUAAAAGGAAAAGAAUCAAAUUAACUUUUCAACAAACAGAGCAAUUAGAUAAUGAUGAAAUAAAGGAAUCACAAACUAACGGUGGGAAAAGUAAUCCUGAGUCAAAUGAUGAGAACUUAGAGUUUGCUAGACUUGUGGAAGACCAGAGAGUAUUGAGGAGAAGAGUUGACAAGCAUGCAGAACGGCCUGAUGAGUUAGAAAUGAAAAUAAGACGUCUUCAAGAAGAGGUACGCAAUGAAAUGCCAUCUUUUAAUGAUGGUAUGGAGGGACCAUCCACAGAUGACAAAAUGAAUGAUUUAACUAUUGUCAAUUUUGUGGAUGUGGGAAUGGAGGGAGCUUCCAGACAUGAGAACAUUGAUUUUGGAAGUGUUUACACCACCUGCACUUCAUCGCUUUGUAAUGAUGGUGAUGUAGCGCUUGUGGAGGUGUCUAACAACAUCUUAACUAGAGGAGACUUGCAAUGCUUUCGACCUCGUGCAAAAAUUGAUAACAUCGUUAUGUUGUUUGCGACUGCGAUGACUGUGUACAAUCAAUUGCAUAAAUCAGGAAUGAUUACUCGAUGUUGUUUCAAUCCAUUUUUUGCGUUGUUUGUGCCCACUAUGAGUGAUGACCAUUGGUGGUGCUAUUGUGUCAGUUGCCAAUCAAGGGAAUUUUUCAUUAUAGAUUCUCUUGGUCAUAAGAGGCGGACCAGAUAUGGUAUUGACAAGGCAAUGGUCGGUUGUUUGCAAGAGUUAUUUAAUAUGAUAGAUAAUGAAGCAAAUUGUAAGGAGCAACAAUUAAAGGUACGAUUGUGGUUUGUUGGUGAUGAAAUAUAUGGAGUUAUGGGACAACCAAUCUAA